GCUAAGUCAGAACGACAAACGUAAAUUAAUGUACCUCCAACUGGUCUCUUCUUCUUCUUCUUCUUCUUCUUCUUCUUCUGUUGCCAGUCCCUUGAAACUACCGAAAAAGGAUUCUUCCUUCUCUGCAGCUCGUUCCCGUAAUUCCUUCAAUUUUUGCUUCUGGGAUAUGAUGGUCCAGAGGAGGGUGAUGAGCUGGAGGAUGGUGGCCGAGUCUCUUCAAACUCUUGUGGCACAUGGCUUGCUCUUCUCCUUCACUCUCUUGCUUGCGCUCAAGCUUCAACAUGCCGUGCUUCGCUCGUGGUGGAUCAUAUUUGCUCCUUUGUGGCUCUUUCAUGUAGUUGUUGCACGAGGCAGAUUUUCCUUGCCUGCUCCUUCGCUGCCGCAUGAUCGCCAUUGGGCACCUUGUCAUUCCAUCAUGGCAACGCCGUUGCUUGUUGCUUUUGAACUGCUUCUCUGUAUACAUCUCGAGAGUAUUUAUGUUGUAAACUUGAAGAUUGUCUUUCUACCCUUGUUGACAUUUGAAAUAUCAAUUUUGAUUGAUAAUAUCAGGAUGUGUAGGGCCUUAAUGCCUGGAGAUGAAGAAAGUAUGACUGACGAAGCCAUAUGGGAGACCCUUCCUCACUUCUGGGUUGCAAUUUCUAUGGUCUUCUUUAUUGCCGCAACAACAUUCACUCUUCUGAAGAUAUGCGGUGACAUUGCUGCUCUAGGCUGGUGGGAUUUGUUUAUAAACUUUGGCAUUGCAGAGUGCUUUGCCUUUCUUGUUUGCACAAGGUGGUAUAAUCCAGCAAUUCAUAGGCAGUCUCUCAUUAGAGAAUCCCAUUCAUCUUCAAUGAGUAUUACAUAUCUUGAAUGGAAUAGAGGCUUAGUGCUUUCUUCAGACGAAGACCGGCACCAGACUGGAAUGUGCAACCUGCAGGACGUUGGUGGACAUAUUAUGAAAGUUCCAUUUAUUGGUUUCCAGAUCCUUCUUUUUAUGCGCUUAGAGGGAACUCCACCUGGUGCUAGACAUAUCUCAUUCCCAGUUCUGUUUGCUCCUCUGUUUUUGUUGCAAGGAGCUGGGGUCUUAUUCGCUGCAUAUAGAUUGGUGGAGAAAAUUGUUCUUUUAGUGCACACUGGAGUGGUCUCUGGAUCAUACGCUGCUUUAUCAUCAAAAGCUUGCAACUUUUUUGGGUUUUUGCAACAUGGAUCAAGGUUGCUUGGUUGGUGGUCAAUUGAUGAAGUCAGUCAAGAGGAACAGGCUAGACUCUAUAAUGCUGGGAUUUCUGGGUACAAUACUUUUGCUCCUGAUAUUGUGAAGAAAAUGCCUAAAUCAGAUCUUGUUGAGGAGAUAUGGAGAUUACAAGCUGCACUUAGUGAGCAAACGGAGGUCACAAAGUUCAGCCAGCAGGAGUACGAAAGGCUUCAAAACGAAAAGAUCCUAUGUAGAGUAUGCUUUGAAGAACAGAUUAAUGUAGUUCUUCUUCCAUGCAGGCAUCACAUCCUUUGCAGCACUUGUUGUGAAAGGUGUAAAAAGUGUCCCAUCUGCCGCGUUUCUAUAGAAGACCGUUUGCCUGUCUAUGAUGUGUAGUUUCAGCUCAGACACGGAGGCCACCAGGGUAAGGCUUCCUCCAAAACCAUACAUUGUUGCUUGUGUUUUUGACUAAGCAAGCACUUAGAAGCUGUGGCAAAUAUGGUUAUUUUGAUAAUUUUUGUCAGUGUAAUACAUCACAUCAGGAACUGUAUAUAUACUAAUGUGUAGUGCGCAAUUAAUUGAAACACUUGCUGUUUUGCAUGUCUUGUUAA